CAGACUCUCUCUCUCUCUUUCUUCUACCUGCAUGACUCUGUCGACUUCUGAGAACUUUAAAAGUGUGCUUUCAUCACCCACCACAGUAGAACGGUCAUGAAAUGAAGAGUUCUGUUGAUUAUUCACCUGAGAGGCCAUGCCCAACGACCUGAGAGGGGAAAGAUUGUUUAGACCCGGAAUCAAAGCGAAAAUCACCAGAUUAUUACAGAAAAUAUCUUCUUGCCUUCACCCGUGCCAUGGAGUGCCAAGUUUGCCUGGUGAAGUUCAACGCAGUGGAGCGUCGUCCGAAGGUGCUUCCAUGCGGUCACACGUUCUGCUUGCAUUGCUUGAAGGCAUUGCCAGAACAAAGUUGUCCGACGGACAGGAAGGAUUUUACUGAGCACCCGGACAACUUAGUGGACAACUUUCAUCUUUUAAACGUGUCUGAAAAGCUGCAACCGUCACUGUGGUGCUGCUCCUGCCAGAAGGAAGCCACGAGCAAGGAGUGCCUGGAUUGGCAUUCCCUGUGCAGCGUCAAGAAGGCGCGCACCCAGAAGGCGACCCCGCUGCUCGAUGCCCUGAAGGCUGCUUUGGAGGCAGCGUCACGCCGAAAGGAGACCAUGGCCAAGGUGCGUGAGCUUGUGCUGGAGCACAGCUCCCGUGCGGAGCAAGCGCACUCGAAGCUCCUGAAAGCGCAAGCCACCCUGCAGAGUGCCGUUGAUUCUGAACAUGAAGACCUGGCCAGGGCGAUGGCUAGCGUCGAGCAGGCUCUCGCUGAACCGGCGGCAGUCAAAGCAAGGCCCCUUGGCGAAGACGGUGGCAUCUUCAGAGUGAACGUGACUUUGACGCAGAGCCACAAGACAUGGAGUGCGGGUCUUACCCUGAAGGAUAACACGGUGGACCAAGUUUUUCAAGGCCUUGAAAUUCUGACGGAAGGUCAGCUUACGUGGCGGGCGUUUGACCCCUCAUUCAAUCACUGCCGAACGUCGUCGUCGUCAAAGCCUCACUCCUCUCCUAAGAAUAAGACGGCCACUGCUGGCCCCAAAUUCACUUUCGGCGCAGCCAUUUCAUCUGCGUCGGGUACAGCACUAUUUGGUUCAAAGCCAACAGGCCUGUUUGGUGAUCCUUCUUCAGCGUCCGGCACAGCACCCACCGUCUCAUUUGGUGUAAAUUCAACAAGACCAUUGGAGACUCCAUCGUCUGAAUCCUCUUCAUCUUCAGGCGGGGCAGCGGCAACCGGAAUCUCUGCUCCUGUCGCAUCACCAGUUGUUUUUGGUGCUCCUGUUACAACGAAGUCAGUACCAACCUUCGGACUCGGCGGCAUCAGCCCCAUAGCCCGUAUAGGUAACGGAAGUUUGUUUGGCGUCUCUUCACCAAAGAAGGAGUAAGGCCUUUGCCUACCGCAACGGGUCUCCUAUCGUUGGAGCAUCGUCUUAAACUACGUCCCGCGGCCAUUUCCGGAACUUCUGUGAAAUCAAUGCCCACUUCGUAGACUGCGCACUGAUCCGGCACUGACUGAACUUCCUCGGACUUCGCUGCGCCCUGUCGUCUUGAAAUCACUCUCUAGUUUGGAAGGACUCCUGUAUCUGUGUCCUGUGUCAUGAUCAUAUGUGACAUUUUUCGGGUAUCGAGCAGGAUAUCUUAAUUCAUUGUGCUUUCCAGCAUUACGGUGGAAACCAUUGAUGCAUCAUUUUGUAUUUGUAUCGUAUGUUAUUAAAAUUUUCUAUUUAGUUUUGUAGUGUAAAAUUUCAUUCUGAAAGUUCAAUAAAAAGCGUUUUGUCUGGAAAAAAGGA